AAUUCACAAUUUCACAAUCACGUUUAUCGGCCGUCAUUGCAAGGGCUACAUAUUGUUACAUACGUGAGAAAUCAAAGGUGAUUUGUUUUCAUUUUUGUACAGAGUUCCCACCUACAUCUAGUAGUCAUUUUUUGACUUUUGUCUACAUAUGGAACCAGUUAGUCAGUUCGGAUUUUUGGUUUGAAUUGAUCUCGUGAUAGAAAAAUACCAAGGUUGGAUAGGAUGACAUGAUUAGCUUUGGAAAUUUUAUUGCUUAAAGAAGAUGUUCGAACAUUCAAUUAAAGUACCCAGGCACUACAAAGUUGCAGCAAAUAUUUUAAAGAAAGUUUCAACUGAAGGCGGCAGCGUUAAAACUUUACUAUACGAUAACAAACUCCGUCACUUUGUCCGUUACUGCAAGUAAUUUAAAGCAACAAAAAUGGCUGAUAACUCAGAGGGACCGCUUAUACCAGCACAUACGAAACGUGCUACAUUAGUUUUAGCAAAUCUUUUUUUGUAUAGUGUGGCUAUGUUUACACUACCCUUUAUUGUAUUUUUUGGCAUCCGUCAUAUCCUCACUGAUGUGUAUCCUGUAGAUACCUUUACAAGAACUGUUUGGUCAGUAGUAGGGGCAGUUGUAGUUGUAAAUGUUAUUAUAUUUGUGUAUGCUUACAAAGCAUACCAUGAGAAGGAAUAUGAUGAACAUGGAAAUGAAGUUGAUCAGCAUUCAUACAAACCUGUUACAGAAACAGAGAAAAGUUCUUUAAAUUUAAAACAGGAUUGAUACAAGAGUUUUAUUAGUGGAUUUAGACAUUCCCAAUAAUUUACAGUAUUAUUUGACAUAUUUUUAUCAAUAUAAUUAUUUAAUGUAGAUUACAACAAACUGUAAUGUUAACCAUAAAAAAUAAAAAUAUUCAUAAACAAUUUUUUUUAAUUCUAAAGUCUAUUGUUAUCUCAGAUAUAAGUCUUACUAUUAAGGUAUUACAAGUUCUGAUUUUGCUUGUUUGUUUUAAUAAUCAUAUAAUUUGUGGGACCAAUCCACCUAGGAUUUUAAAAGGUUAGGUAAAAAGUUUCUUCGUAUUUUAUAUACAAAUUCAAGACAUUUAUUUUUCAAAGUAUAAUUAAAUUAAAUUUAAUUAUAAUAUAUAUUUCCAUUUUGUUCAAUCUUUAUAUAUAAUAAAAAUUACGUGUCACGUUGUUUGUCCACGAUGGACUCCUAAACUACUGAACUGAUUUCAAUGAAAUUUUUCACACUGUGUGCAUUUUGGUCCAACUUGAGAGAUUGGAUAGUUUUUAUCCUGAUAGUUUUUAUCUUGGUAAAUGACCCUCAAAAUUUUUUAUUGUGAAUUUAAGGAUUUUUAUAGGAAGGGUCGUUGGAAAGGGCUGAACAACGUCUGCCUGCGAGCUACACUUAGCGGCACAAUUAACCGCCCACCCUUUUAAAGUGGCAAAUUUUGAUGUUAUCGCAGUUGUAAGUUAUUGGGCAUAAAUAAGUCAAGUGUGAAAGAAAAAAUUACAAGCUACCCACUUAACUUUGUUUUUUUACGCAUAAGUUGUGAAUAGGACAAGGAACUUCGUUAUCAUUGCCAUACUGCUUACAUUGCUUCAGUGGCAUUAAAAGUAAACAAUUUGAGUUUGUUUUGGUUUCGUAACUUAAAGCUAGUGUUUGGACAUCACAAACAUGCCAUUUGAUGCUAAUUCAGUGGCGAGAGCCGUCGCUCUUAUCGACGAAGGGUUUAGUCAGCGUUACGUGGCGCGGAAGCUUGGUGUCGCACGUACCACCUUAAGGGAUGCAGUGAAACGGUUUGGGGAAACUGGCUCUUAUGAGCGAAGACCAGGACAGGGCCGAAAAAGAUGCACCUCCGCUCGUGACGACCGAUUUCUUGUGACCAAUGUUCUAAGAAAUCGGUUCACUACAGCUGUUGAGACACGAAACCAACUUCGUGAGGUUCGCAAUGUUCAAGUGAGUGAAAGAACAGUGAGAAGAAGACUAGGAGAGAAUGCCCUUGGAGCUUUUCGACCAUCUCGAGUGCCACAAUUGCUCGUAGGCCACCGGAGAGAAAGACUUCGUUUUUCCCGAGAGCACGGCGAAUGGAAUAUGGAACAAUGGAAGAAUGUUAUGUUUACUGACGAAACAAGAAUAUGCUUGCUCGGUCCUGACGGUCGCCAGCGUGUAUACAGACGCAAGAAUGAAAGGUUUGCACCAUGUACUGUUGUGGAAACAGUAGGUUACCAAGGUGGCUCUAUCAUGAUAUGGGGCGGCAUUACUUACGAAGCACGCACCGACUUGGUUAUCUUCGAAAGAGGUGGAAUAAAUGCUCAGAGGUAUGUAACAGAAGUAUUGGAACCUCAUGUAAUGCCAUUUGCUCCAUUUAUUGGCCAAGAUUGUUUAUUAAUGCAGGACAAUGCUCGCCCCCACGUUGCUAGAGUUGUUACCGCGUACCUGGAUACCGUCGGCAUUCGAAAAUUAACAUGGCCAUCCCGGAGCCCAGAUUUAAAUCCUAUUGAACACAUAUGGGACAAUUUAAAACGACGUGUUCGAAGCCGCAUACCAGCUCCAACCACCAUAGAUGAAUUAAAACAAUCCGUGAUUGAGGAGUGGCAGAACAUUCCUCAACAACAGACCAAAGAUGUCAUCGACAGCAUGCCAAACCGUUUGAUGGAAGUCAUGAGGGCUAGAGGUGGAAAUACGCACUAUUAGAAUUCAUUUAUUCAGCAGAUUUUUUAUUUUUAAGCCAUUUCAUCACAUUUGUUAAUUUAUGGUCAAAGUGUUUUUCAGACUUUUUUAUAAAUAAACGUAAUAAUUAAAAACAAUAUUAUCUUUCAUUUUACUUCAAUAUACCUACGUUAUAAAAUAACAUUUACAAGUAAGGCCACAAUUUUUUUUUUAAACCAAAAUCGUAAAAAAUCAAGGUGGGCGGUUAAUUGUGCCGCUGAGUUUAGUAACUUUAUAGAUUACUGCUUGUUGCCAUCUUGUAAGUAGUGACAUAUUUCCAUUCAUUUUCUUUAUUCAUUCAUUACACCCAAAUCACCAGCAUUUGUCUUUUCAAUCAAUUACAAUGUAGGUGUUUUUAAGGCAAAGAUGAAUAAGCGUAUAAGCUAAGUCAAGUGCGGUUUACCAUCUUCAGCUGCAUCACCACUUACCAUAAGUUGUCAACCACUUAGAAAUUAAAAAAUUUGUAAAAUAUGCAGUAGUAUUUUGAUUUAGUAAUGUAUUAUUUACAUUUUAUUAAUGUGACAUUGAAAUUUAUACAAUACUGUUCCCCGCGACUUCGCUCGCGUGUUAGGGUUUUUAUGUUUUUGCACGGAACCCUAAUUUCUUUUUCUAAAAUUAAAGUAGCGUAAGUUACUCCUUGUGUCAUCAGCUACCUGCCAGUGGAAGUCCCGUCAAAAUCGGUCUAGCCGUUUCAGAGAUUAGCCGGCACAAACAGACAGACAGACAAAAAUUUUAAAAAUUGUGUUUUUGUUAUAAGUACUGUAUAUACAUGCAAUUAGUUAAAAAGCUGUAAUUUUGACAUUACGAACAGACACUUCAAUUUUAUUUAUUUGUAUAGAUAAAAAAAAUAUAAUAAAAAAACUAAAAGUAAAAACCUACCUUUAUCAUACUGACUUGUAGUAUAUUGAUAAAGUACAGUGGAUUUCGGGUGUAACGACGAUGAAGGGACCACUCUAUUUUCGUCGUUAUAUACAGAAAUUGUUACAGGCAAAGGUAACAAAUUCAAUACAUUACAGUUGCUACUCAGAAUAUCACUUUGUAACUGAAUCAUAAAUUUAACUCCGAAACGUACACGCUUUCCUACCUACUUAGCUGAUAUCUAUAAACAAAAGGUAAAGGUUUCCACACUUGCUGACCAUCUGUGUGGAUGUAAACAAAAUAUGAGAAACGUUUGUGAAAGAAAGAAAUCUUUGUGUCUUUGGCGGCCGACUCCGGUCGCAAUAUCUGCAUGGGAUUUUUAGGAAUUUGUUACAAAUGAUUCAUUAAAAACAGUCGCUACACCCGAACUCGGCGUUACAUCUAAAGUCGCUAUAGCCACAUGAAUUUUGUACUAAAAUAUGCUUUAAAUUCAAGGGACUUAGAUUUAACGUCGCUAUAGGUAAAUGGUCGCUACAACCAAGGUCGUAAUAAAUGAAAUCCACUGUAUUUUGAUUAUAUUAAUUGGCUAAUUUCAUCAUGUAGUAGCAGUGUAAGAUUAUUCACUACCCUAUAUCAUCCCGUGGAUGUCGUAAGAGGCGACAGAGGGAAACUAAUCAGGAGAUGGGCAGCAGCAUCUUCCCUCACUACUAAAAAUCAAAAACUGCGGUUGCCAACCCGCUUGCCAAGCGUGGCAUCUAUGAAAUGUUCACCUAUGAGGCAAUCUAUGGGGGAGACCUAUGUUCAGCAGUGAACUUUAAUAGGCUGUAACAGUAACAGUAAUCGUUAAUUAUUCUAAAUGACUUUUUUAUUACUCACUGCUUUUAGUAAUUUUUUUUUAUUAAAUUUUUAUCGAUUUCAUCUUACUUAAUGACAGAGACAAGUCCCAAUAUCGUGGUCAGAACGUAAAAUUUUAUGAAAAAAAAAUUACUUUCAAUAAAAAGUAAAAGCCAACUUC